AUGCCAGUUCCACUCCUCAACCUCCCCACCGAUCUUGUUGAAGAAAUAUUCAAUCUCUGCAAUCCUCUCCAAUUAUUCGUCCUAUCCAGUUGUUCGAAGAGAACUCGAAAACUUGUCAAAUCGAAAGUUGCAAACAAAUGGAAAAUCUCGAGUCUCACCUCGACAUCGAUAUAUCUGAAGGGUAAUCGUCGGGAAGAGUAUCGAUUCAAAAUAGAUGAAUAUCCAAAAAAUUGCUACUGUUUGACUGUGUCGAUCAUGGGAAGUAUUCUACACUUAACAUAUCCCAAUGAAGCCGUCGCUCAAUUGUUGGAGGAUUUGGUGGAUGUCUUCGGAUGCAGAAGAGCCCCUUUCAUAAAAGCCAGCGCCUUUAAUGAUUUCGAAAAAUUCUUGGAUUUAUGCCGUGUUGUAAUCAAGAAGAACUUGGAAGUGAGACGCGUCAAUCCGGCGAGCACUGUUAUGGAGGAAUAA